GUCCUACAGGCUCAAGAUCGGUGUGAUGAGCGAAGCGCAUCCUCCUGUAUAUGGUGACGAUGAAAGCGCCGCCAGUGCUGCUGAUUCAGAUGGCGAGGAGUUUAGCCGAAACGUCAAGGAAGCUGCGGAGAUCCUGAGGAAGGCCAGGGCAUCCAUGGCUGACGAAGAGACCGCAGACGCACUGCUGUACAAAUCAGCUAGGCUCCUUUCCACAGCUGUGGCUUUGAGGCCAACAAGCCUGGUAGCAGUGGGUCAGCUAGGGAACACGUACCUCCUCCACGGAGAGCUCAAGCUCAAGGUUAGUCGCGAGCUGAGGACACUCUUGGCCAGCAGCGGCGCCUUUCUGAACGGAAGAGAGCGUGCUCCACGGUCCAGGAAGGUAGACAGGAGGAUGGUAAGCAGAGAGAGCAUCUCAUCCGCUCUUGUGGAUGUAUGCGAGGAAUGCGAGAGCCUCCUUGUCGAGGCCGGCAGAAGCUACAGGAUGGCCCUCUCCAUCGAUUCAGGUGACGCCAAGGCAUUGUACAACUGGGGGCUGGCACUUAUUUUCCGGGCACAAUUGCUCGCUGACAUCGGACCGGUAUGAUGAAAUCUUUGCUCUAGGAACUCAAGCUGCUUAUAUAAUCGAUACAUCAUCAUGCUGCAGGAAGCAGCAGCCGACGCUGACCGGGUGUAUCUAGCUGCAAUCGACAAGUUCGACGCCAUGUUGUCGAGGAGCAACACUUAUGCUCCAGAAGGUUUGGUUUGACAAGAAUGCUCUGUCGUUAACCAUGUGUUUUUAGUAUUAUUAGUGACGACGAACUGUUGCAGCUCUCUACAGAUGGGGCACUGCGUUGCAGCAGCGCUCCCAUCUGCGGCCUCGGAGCAACGGUGAGAAGAUAAGGCUUCUGGAGCAGGCGAAGAGCUUGUUCGAAGAUGUGCUGUAUGUGGAAGCAGACAACAAGAUGGUGAGGGAGGCGCUGUCAUCGUGCAUAUCAGAGCUCAACUACCAUGGCCGCUGGUUAUAACCGUGAGGAGCUUUGUAGCAACUAGCAAGCGAGGGGAGGAGGGCUAAUGAUAACUUUUGAGUUUUGAAUGAUGUAUUAGCUUCUAGCUUUUUAUGCUGACAAGAAGCUCAAACAAUAUCUUGCAAUACAAUGCAAUAUGACCUUUUUUUUUCUUGUAUGGAACGUGUGGUUGAAUCGAUUAAUACAAGUGAAUG